GAUGCGAAGAUGUCAUUGUAUAGAGCUCUGUGAACAGAGGAUUCACUGACAAAGUCACAACACAUUAAGGGUCUUCAGAGGUACAACAUCUGCAAACUGCUGGACCAAGUAAAACAGGAAAAAGGUUUUCUAUCCCAGAGGAAAUUAUCAUGGAUACCAGUGUUUUCCCAUUUUAUCCCCGGCCCAGGACACCAUUUCUGUUUGAUACCAAAAUUGUGGAAAUCAUCAUUAUAUGUUUGGUGACUGCCACCACUUUUAUCAUCAUAUUUCCUGGCAUCAGAGGGAAAUUGAGAACCUUCUGGCUGCUGAGAGUGCUGACAAGUCUUUUUAUUGGCACUGUAAUUUUAGCUGUGAACUUCACCCGUGAUUGGGAGGUUGGAUCAGUAAACACCAAAACUGUGUACAAAUCUUUCACCCAUGCCAUGGUGAAUGCCAGUAUUGGAUUAUGGAUUGGCCUAAAGGGUGUAAACAUUACUCUGGCAGGACAUCCCCUACACCAACUGAAUGAAACCAUAAAUUACAAUGAGAAAUUUGCUUGGGAGUCAAGGACCCAGUAUGACAAAGAUUAUCAAGAAGGUUUAGAGAAAGGUCUUCCCAACCCGAUAUUAUAUGUGGCUGAAAAAUUCUACAGUGAAAAUCCAUGUAGGUUACAUCAGCAAUACUGUGUAUCUACAUACUACUCCUCUGCAUUAAUGUGGUCUGCUUUUUGUUCAUGGAUUCUCAGCAAUGUCCUCUUUUUAAUACCAGUCCCACUCUAUGGAAUCUGUAUGAUGUUUGUGACUGCAGUGUGUAUAACAGUCUCACUCAUAUCAUAUGCGACAGUUAGACAUACACCUGCAUGCAAUAUUCACUUUGGCGGUUCAGUUCUACAUAUGAGAUUUGGACUUUCCUUCUGGUUAAGUUUUGCAACAGGUUUACUGUGUCUUUCUAUUAGCAUUUUGCUUUUGACACUACACAUAUUGAAGCCACAUAUCCUCCUUCGUAUAUUAAACUGUAAAGACAAUGAAGAGGAACGGAAUAAAUCUGAUCCAGAGAGCAGCCAUUUGGAUGAUGAUAAAACUGACGCUGUCAGCGAGAUGUUAUGAAAUGUUCUGCUACAUCACUGGACCUGCAUAUAUUUUGGAUAGACUCUCACUCCAAUUUCAUGAACAUUUAUUCAGGGCUGGUUUUGAAGGACAUUAGAUGAAGGAAAAAAGUCAAUGAGGGGUUCCUAUGUUACAGAGAUGUCAAUCAAGGAAAAUUGCAAUCAGUAGGGUAGCAAUUCUCAGUCCCCUCCAUUAUACAGUACAAUGCUAAACCACACUCCAGCUGGGUGGAUUUCCUGCAGCGCUGACUAUACACCAUAUCAAUACCAGUAAAAAAAAAAAAAAAGUUGGCAAGUGUUUAUAAAAUAAAUAAUAUACACUAAAAGAAACAAGAAAUUAUAGGACAAGUUUUUAUAUUACUCUCGUUGCCCAUUACAAAUGGAG